UCCGGGUACAGGGAGGGUUUAAGGUUUAAGGGUAGUAGUAGCCGGCGGAAAACAGCCCGGGUGGAAGAACAAGGGCGCGCAGCGGGGAGAGAGAGAGAGAGAGAGAGAGAGAGAGAGAGAGAGAGAGAUCUAAGAACCUUGAUAGGCAACUAGGGGGGGAGAAGAACCAUGGAUGACGAAAUGGAAUGGCUGCUUCAGGGCGAGUCAGAGAUGUUGGAAGAAGAUCAGGGGUGUAUUAAUGACCCCUCCUGGCCAGGGCCUCUGGAUGAUGAUUUUCCAUCUUCUGCUACAGGCCGUAAAAUGGAAAACAAGUGUCGAAAACGUCUAUGGCCAGAUGAACCCACCAGGAAUGAGAAACCAAACUCAAGUGAAUGUGAACCAGAUGUUCCAAGGAAAAGCCACGUUGAAGGAAAAACGCAACCUGCCUCUCUUACAAAUUGUUUGCAGACACGACGAACAUUACGUAUCGGCCUGGAAUCCGCGUUCGCAGCAAGUAAUUCAAAGGAGAGCUCUGCAGAUUCAAAUGAGCCCAGGCGAGUAGUUCAGAGUGCAAAAGAGAGUGCAGCAGUUUGUGGAACAGGAGAAUUCAAUGCUUCAGCGACUCCAGGUGGUCAGGCACAGAAAGCAACAAUCAAUGGUCCGAGCUGCGGUGCAGCACUUCCUGGGGCAGCCACUGUCAUGCCCCGAACUGAGAUACUCUGUUCAGACACGCACGUGGAUGCCAACGAGUCUGCCAGACGAAGUUCAGCAGACAAUAGUUCAAUGCAGAAUUCUUUGCCGGAAUGUGAGUUGCAGUCAAGCAAUGCCCGCGCAGGUGGGGCAGACCCCUCAUCAGCUGCUACUCGUGUUGACGAGGAUGUCUACAAGGCACGGCAAGAGCGCAUGAGACCAAGGGGCAACGCAGAUGAGGUUAAUGGGAAAUGUUUGUCAGUCACUGCCCCUUCUGGUGAGCGUGUGUACGUCUGCAUUGAGGAGGCUGAUGAAGGAAUACCCACCAUGAGAUGCCGAACACGAGUUGAACAGAAACCAGGCUAUACGCUGGAGGGGAAUCUCCUAGGUGAACCGAUUGAGAGGCUUAUCGAAAGAUUGGAGAAGGACCAAAUCCGGCGUGCUGAGGAGAACUUAGAGCAAGCAUCAACUGCCACACAUGAUGCGACCGCCGAGGAGGUUUCUCAAGAAGAAUUAUGGGUGGAGAAAUAUGCUCCCAGAACUUUUACUGAUUUGUUGAGCGAUGAACACAUUAACCGUGAGGUUCUGAGAUGGUUGAAACAAUGGGACCGUUGCGUCUUCGGGGAGGCUCGUACAGCAACCAGCAGUGAAGCACUGGCUGCCCUACGCCGGCCAUCAGCGGCCCCAUCAUCUGGACCCGGCAGGGGUCGGGGAAGGUUCGGUCAGUGGAGUCAAGGUGGUGGUGGAGGUGCACGUGGUGGUGGAGGUGGUCUUGGGGGUAAGGGUCAAGGGGAUCGGACAGUAAAUGCCAAUAGCAGACAGGGGUUUGCUAAUAAUGGGGGUUGGGAUCGAUCAAAGAGUGGUCCUGGAAGAGGAGCCCAGGAUGGAUCUUCAGAAGAUACGAAAGGUGCGAAUAAAGGAGGCAAUAUAUGGAACAAGGGAAGUGCAAGUGGUAUGCCAGCUGCAAUGGAUGCUGAUGGCCUAAGGCCUGCUGAAAAGGUUUUGCUACUUUGUGGAGCACCUGGUCUUGGAAAGACAACACUAGCACAUGUGGCAGCCCAUCAUUGUGGCUAUCAUGUUGUUGAGGUCAAUGCAAGUGAUGAUCGGGCAGCUUCAGCGUUACGAGCACGUAUUCUUGAUGCUGUGCAGAUGCAGCCUGUUAUGGGUGACCGAAGGCCUAACUGUUUGAUUAUUGAUGAAAUUGAUGGCGUCUCUAAUGGAGCAGAGGGAAAAGGGGCGAUUGAUGCACUUCUAGAUAUUGUUUUGGCAGAGUCCCGUGGAGCAGCGAAGGGGAAGGAAAAUGAAGAAGCAACAGGAAAACAACAAGCUGCAAAGCAAACUAGGGGAAAGCGGAAUGGUGGAAUAAAAAAGCUCAGCAGGCCUGUGAUCUGCAUCUGUAAUGACCUCUAUGCUCCUGUGCUGAGAUCUCUUCGGCAAGUUGCCAAGACUUGAAUUCAGACUAAGUAAAGGAAUGUGUGUGCAAGGUCAAUUUCAGAUUUGUUGGUUGCCUGAAAGCAGAUUGUGAACGAAAGAGGGUUGCAUCUGGGAGGGGGGCUGGGAGGAAGGCAGUAUUGUGUGCAGAUUGAUUGGAUCGUUAAGGCGGGGAGGUCCCCAUAAGUUUGGGGAAGCCUAGCGCUUUGUUUACUUUGGUUUUGCAUGGAGCAUCAGGCCGCUCUAUAAGUUUAGGUAGCCUGAAUGCUCUGGAGGCUGGGAAGUCCCCAUAAGUUUGGGGAGACCCGGUGCAAUGAAUUGCAUGGAGUGUC